CGACAGUCCUCUUUGUCUGACGUGCGGUCGGUCAGCCGUUGGAACCCUGACAUUUCGCAGCAAACUGUCAGUCGGCUCUCGCUCCUGCAGGAUGUGUCGCAGCGUCGAGCCGCGCGGACGAGAACUCGCCUCACGGUCAGACGAUGUGCGAGCAGGCCACUUCCUCCAGCUCAGACAUCACCGAGUGCAGCUGACAGCGGCGGCUGCAGUGAAAACCACCCGGGGCGCGCGGGCGGGCGGGGAUGCAGAUGGAGGCAGUUUGCUGGAGGCUGCAGCGAAGUUUCAGUCAACUUGCCAUAACAGGAAACCAGAGAGACAGAGAGAGACAAGUGAAACCUGCGUCGGUGAAGAAUGACAUAAAACCGGACUCGCCUCGCAUGCUGUUGCACUGAAGUUGUUCUCCUUGUCACGGUUGGAUUUACAUUGUGGUCAGAGCUCUGCCGUUGUGUCUCUGUGGCUUCAGUCCCCGCAUGUCCCCCUGCCGUCUGUAGCCCGGGGCGAUGGAGAGCCCGUCCUCCAGGGCGAGGCGGCGAGCCUGGAUCAACAGCAGCCGACAGUGGCCCACUCUGGAGGAGCUGGACCCCGAGAGGCCGCGGUGCAGCCUCCCAUCUGCCUCCAUAUCAGACGACGACGUCUUUUCUGAGGGUGAGUGCAGAGUCGCAGGAGUGUGCGAGGGAUCCGAUCACAGAUCUCUCAGUUCAGGAUGCUUCACAGGAAAGAUUGAGAGCUGGCUGCUGGGUUGUGGGUCAGAGAACAGACGUCAGCUGAGCGUUGAGUCUGCGCUCAAACCCAUCAACUUCGACGAUGACCUGAGUCUUGGUGCUGAUGCUUCUGUGUUAAACGUUGGAGACAUCUCACGUGAAGCUGGCGGCCCUCUUCGUGGACUACGUCUGCCGUCACUGAACUUGGGCCACAGCAUGACCUCCAGCUGCCCGUCCUCCUCCACCUGUAAGACUACAUCAAGUGUAUCAGAGGUCCUGCAGUUGUGUUCGGAAGAUGCAGAGGAGACGUUGUUGGAGAUGGGUUUUGGCUGCGAUGAGCCACAGGUCCCAGUGCGCAUCCCUCCUCGUUUCUUCACCUUCCCCUCUCAGGCUCAGGGCAUCAACUUCCGCCUCUUCUUGGACUCACAGCUACGUCGGAUACGAGAGGAGGACCCCAGCCUCUCUCUUGCUAGUCGUUUCAGACAAGUCCAAGUGCUCACAGCAAUGGCCAAUGCUUUUUACUCCCUCUACUCCCACGUGUCCCGCACCCCUCUCCAAAAACUGGCCCCACCAGAGUUCACCCUCACGUCGGACAUGGAGAGGAUCGAGCGCUUCAGGAGCAGUGUUCGCAGUGAGCCGCGUUCUCCGGUGGAGAGGCUGAAGGACACCGUCUCCAAGAUGUGCCUCUACACAGGCUCGCCUCGAGGGUCAGACUCCACCUCCCCGCAGCCGUCACCCAGGAAAAGGUCGAGCCUCCCUGAUAUUGUGGAUUCAGUCCUGGUGAAAGUCAAGACUGGGGCUGUCAAGAAACUGGAUUUGGAGGAAUGUAAUGGGAGCAGUUCAGCUGUGGAUGUUAGUCUGGUCACAGAUGAUUAUAGAGCCUGUAACAGUGGAGAAGAUGAGCAAACACAGGAGACUGUUGUGGCCACAGACAUUCAUCAGCAUGGAAAUAAAAUCUGUUGUCAGGAGAUGCAAAGCAGAAAACAAAGAGAUGAUGUUGAUGCUGAUGAAAACAGCGUGCAACCAUCAGACGAUGACAGAAGGACUCACGAUAUGAAAACAUCUCUGGCCUCGUCGUUAUCAGGGGAAACUGUGAUAGAAGCAGAUCAGCGGUUUUCUUCGCGUCAGGCAGAGCAGGACUCAUGUUCGACUCCAAGUCACACAAGGACAGAUGAGACAAAGCCCGUUGCCACGGUUACAUAUGAUCUAAUCUGCCCGCAGUUAGUCAACAGUGAACAUCAGACACCUCUCUGCUGUCAACACACGCACAGUCCGGAAACACAUACUGGGACACAGAGCACAGAUAAGCAACGUCCUGCAUCACAUGAACCCCCAGCACAAGCCUCUGUCUCUGGGCCUGGUGAGGACUCAUACACAGGUGACAUUACCUCUUCAGGACGGGCCGGACUGGUGGAUCCAUCCGGAUCACUUCCUGUCCUGGCCCCCAACGGCAGCUGUACCGAUUGCUGCAUCACUGUGACCGGCUCGGAGGGGGGCGAUCCCUCCGCCGGUUCCUUGAACACACCAGAUUCCAGUCAUGCUUCAACUGUCCCGCCUGUCCAGACACGCGGGGACUCAUCAAACGAGGGGAAAACCUGGUACCUGAAUCCCCCGACUCGCCAGGGCCUGGGGCACUUCUGCAAUAACGUGGGACAGGUUAACUCCUUUGAGCUGGAGGAGGUGCACAGUGCAGGGGAGGAAGAUUUUGGACAGUCAGACACUGCGAGGACAACAACCUCACCGUUGUCCACAGAACAUCAACACAAAGGUGAAGUGGUCCGGGGCGACAGCGUGCAGUCAGACAGCAGCGGCUACGCAGAUGAAGAAGUCAGCCUGCCAUCAGACAGACACAGAUGACAGUUUCUACUCAACUCAUGACGUGGAGAGUGCAUCCGACGGAGGGCCUGCAGUCAAAAGAUUAAAAUGUCACGGUUCUGCAGGAGACUUGGUCACAUGUUAAACUCUACACAGUGAAGAAACUUUCUUCUUGCAUUAGGAAAAGUUCAGCCUGUUGAGUAUAACGUUGAGUUUUCCCCCCCAGUGCUCACACUCAAUACAUAUGUUGUAAAUAAAUAACCAUGAAGUUGUAGAAAGGUGAAAGGUUUGAUGAAAGACUGUGUGGAUCAUAUUUGAAUAUAAUAUAAUAAUGUGUCCAAUUCAUUGCACCACAGUUUACAGCAAAUUUACAGAAAAUGUUUUAUUGGAAACAAAGUCAAUUUCACAUGAUGGAGCUAAAACUUGAGUUCAUUUUUUGUUUGUUAAACUGGGCACCUUUAUUUACUAUGACAAAAUGUCUAUCACAAAUUUUAAUAAUGUCGACAUUAAUACCAGCGGUGUCAGCGCUUAAAAUUCUCUAAAACCAGCA